AUGAGCGGUCUCCGACUCCACGAGCAGUCUGUUCACCUGAGAGAACGCCCACAUGCGUGUGUCCACUGUGGUAAAUCGUUUCCCAGGAGGAACCAUUUGCAAAGGCACAUUAGUUCUGUUCAUUUGGAGCAAAAAGCCCACUCCUACUCACUUAAAUUGCGUCCACUUGAAAAAGCGGCCUUACAAAUGCAAGUACUGUGA